UCGGAGUGUACAUAAGUCAAAAUAAUUUAUUUUAUAGCCAAUAGUAUUGUGAUGAUUUUAUUGUCUUGGAAUAUAAUUAGUUUAUUAGUUUAGUGAUUACUAAUUUUAAUAUUAAACUUUGUAUAUUGACGAACAAUUAGUAAUAGUGUGUGAUAUAUUAACUACUUAACCAAUGGAUGCAACAGCGUUUGCGCCAGCAUCUAAAGCUGUUCCCAACAAUGCAGCUGCCUCCGAUGUAUCUUUGCGCUUUUAUUCGUUCUUACCGUGCACACAAUCAAGAAAGACAUUGACCAGCAGUUCUAAAACAAGUGGUUACAGUACAGAUACAAGUGGUGUGCUUGUUAUCAACGAUAGCGACGAUGAAGAUUCAUCGACUAUAUCUGCCGAAUCAGAGCCACAAUUUGAAUUUCUAUGCGAAAUUGACGUUGACAAAAAUGUCGCGCUUCCACGACCCAUCGAGCUCAAAGUGGAGUGUAAAAAAGAGCCUGACGAACAUAUUAGACAACAAGAACAAGAUAAAAUAUCUAACAAUAAGAAUGCAACAUCAAUUCAUACAGCAGCCACGACGGAUUAUAGUGAUUGUGAGGAUGAGCUUUUGACAUUGUGUAAAAUCGAACCAGUUUGUGAUCUUAAUGAAAUCUUGCCACCUACAACGAACACAGAACAUGUUAACAAUCAUUACAUAUACUUCAUCUGCCCACAAUGUGGUGAACGUCACGAUGCGCAUCCACAUUGGCGGCGCCACAUAGAGUUGGCGCAUCAAUUGGGUGAUCAGCGGAAUUGGAAUUUCAAGCGACGACCGAACAACGAAUUCGAAUGUGCUAAAUGCAGCAAGAUGUUUACGCGUUGUACGCUCAAAACGUUGCAACAGCAUCAUUUUACACAUCUGCCACAUAAAGUGUACCACUGCAAAUUGUGUCCGUACGAAGAGCAAAGCAUGUUUUUGAUGAUUUCACAUAUUAUGUUGCAUAAAGAGAAGGAUGCCAGCUGCAGUGGUAGCGCCAGUAGUAAGGGUACACCGACAGCGCGCGAAAUAGCGCUGUGGGAACAUGAAAGUCGCGCUUUAAUUGCAUACAUUUGUCCGGCUUGUGGUUUAACGUUCGAAGCGGAGGAUGCUUGGCAGGCGCACAUAAAUUUUAGUCACAACUUCUUAGAAAAGACAGCGGAAAAUCGUUUUGGUGAUCAUUUCAAAUGCUCCGAAUGCACGGUCGAAAUCUUCUCCCAACACAUUGCCGAUCUGCAGCAACAUCUAUUCACACAUUUACCAUAUAAAUCGUAUUUCAAAUGCAAAGUUUGCAGUUUCACUAUAUCGCGACGAAAUUUCAUGCUCUCCCACAUACUAAACUUACACAAAGUCCAUUUGACACCCGGCGCCAUUGCAAACGAAGACGCCGUACUCACACCAGCCACAUCAACGACAUCAACGAAUGGUGUAUCAGCUGCAGUCGUAACAACAACGACAACGAACACUUCACCAGCUGGCGAUAGCAUAAACGAUUGUCAUAUCUCAUCGGGUAGUCUGCUGGAAACCGAAGAUAUCAAUGCAAAUUCCAUAAAUGUUUAUAACGAUGUGACGAGAAGUGCGCGUAGAAUUUCAAUGCCAUACCAACCAAUGGACAUCACAAACGCCAACAAAGAUUCGCUAAAGUUACCGGUGAAAUUGCAUAAAAGCAAAGGCUCAUACACAUGCGAGAAAUGUACCAAACAUUACAUGUAUCGAAAGAGUUACGAUAAGCAUAUACGUUUUUGCAGUCUUAUGAAUUCAACAAUUUAAGUGAUAAAUAAGUAGAUUCGUGACAUUGCUUGGCAGAUAUAUUGAGUUGUGUGUAUGUAUGUCAAUCAUCGUUCAUAGAAAAAGUCAUAAGAAAAAGUGUUAACUUUUAAUAUUUCCUACUCUAACAUUCCAUUUUCAUGCAUAUAUACAUUCGAUUUUCGAUUUAGCAGUGCGCGAGUGCUGUUGAGUGUGUGCAUACAGUUAUUUUUUCACUUAACAUUGUUUUAAAUGAUAAGCUUUUCAAAUGUUUAGCACUUCACUACGGUUGAAAUCGCACGCUCACACUCACACAUUUAAGCACUUUACUUUAACUAUUGUUUCCUGU